GCGUGACAACAUGCGCCCGAAACAGUGGCGUGAAGUCACGUGACGUGACAUGUGAGUUGAAGAAAAGCCAGACGCGCGUGAGCAGCUCACGCUGUGAGGCAGAGGAGCCGACCCCAGUGGCCAGCCAGUCGUGUGAGCUCUUGUGUCGACAGGACUGUGUUGUCAGUGAGUUCUCCGACUGGUCUGUCUGUGACAAGACUUGUGAGAUGACGAAUCGAACCCGGACCAGACGAGUGAUAGUGCCUCCAAGACAUCAGGGUAGUGUCUGUCCCGACCUUUCACUUAUGGAACCUUGUGAUAAAUGCACACAUUCCUACAGCUACCAGUUCUCCGAGUGGCUGCCUUGUACGACCAUCAGCGGAUCAUAUCUGAAUGACGUCAAAUCCCAUCCGCUGAUUGGCUAUCAGACAAGGGACAUCGCCUGUUUACAGAACAAAGGAGUUCUCGCUAGUCUCAGGCACUGCGCGGACAAGCUACCUCACACCCUGCUGACCAAGUACAAAGGUUGCGUGAUGCCCCAGGACUGUCGGGUGUCCGACUGGUCAUCUAUCCGGCCACAUAACGCGUCCUGUAUAGGCUACGAUGGUCAGAUCGUUAUUGGCUACUGGAUCAUGACCAGAACAGUGGAGCAGCUGCCAAUGGGUGAUGGCAAACCCUGUCCUCCAGACCUCGUGAAGUACGUGCCCAUGAGCAAAGACGAAGACGACAUACACUCGCUGAGACCUUGCAGAAAAGCCAAAUGGAUCAUGUCUUCGUGGAGUACGUGUAUGUCCGUGCCGGGGUACAACCACUGUGGGACGGGCAUGCAGAGCAGGAUGGCCAUCUGUGUGGAGGCGGGCGACGACGGCGUGGAGCGCCCUGUGGAGGAGAGUCUGUGCCCUCAGCCCAAGCCUCUGGUGGCUCAGUCGUGCACCAUGGAGUGUAACUGGGACUGUAGCGUGUCUCAGUGGAGCGCCUGGAGCACAUGCCAGUCCUCGGACUGCGACAGGCAGGGGCUCAGGAGGAAGCGGGUAGAGUCGCAGUAUGGUCAAAGGUUUCGAACGCGGGAAAUCCUCACCCUGCCAGGCCCAGGCGGGACCCCAUGCCCUCACCUCAGCGAAGCCCGCAUCUGUGAUCCCGCCCCCUGCUACUCCUGGAACGUCACUUUCGGACCUUGUGAGCCAACCACGAGAGGGGGAUGUGGCGACGGCACUCAGACCAAAAAGAGUGUCUGUGUCAACCGGUCUGGGGUCAAAGUACGAGAACGCUUCUGCUACGCUACCCAAAGUUCAGAGGACAAGUGGGUGGAGUGUUACGUGCCUUGCCCCGAAGACUGUGUGCUCUCUGAUUGGGGCUCCUGGAGCGCUUGCCCCGCCCCCUGUGGUAUGCAGAUCGGAGCGAGGACUUUGAGAAAUAGGAAGCGGCAAAUUUUGGCCUAUCACGGGAGAAACGGUCGUCCAUGUCCUCCUAUCCAAUCGCUGCACGAGUCAGAGCCUUGCCCUGUGCUGCGAGACUGCGAGGUCUACCAGUGGGAGACGUCUGUGUGGGGGGCGUGUACUCUUGACUCUUACACGCCCGGCUCACCGUGUGGCAUGGGCACACAGACGAGGACUGUCAGUUGUCGCACAGCCCAGGGCGUGCCUUCCGUGGAUGAAAGAUGUGUCCAGCGAAUCAAGCCCAAGAACUCCCAGUCUUGUGUCGUGGAGUGUCCAGUAGACUGUCACGUGACAGAGUGGUCCGAGUGGUCAACCUGUGGGGUCACAUGCCUUCCUGUGUUAGCCCGUCAGAUCUAUCCGGCUCAGGUGAGGCGCCGCUAUGUGCUACAGUAUCCUCAAAAUGGGGGCCUUUCCUGCCCUAGUGACAUGCGCGAAGAGCAGUCGUGCAUCGACCUUCCGGUGUGCCAGAAUUACUAUUGGGAGACCACAGACUGGAGUGACUGUAUUCUUCCGCCCGUAGUGCCGCUCUGUGGACAGGGUCUCCGCGCAAGAAACGUGACUUGUAUCCACUCUGACGACCAGAGGACCUCUCAGGUGUCUAUCAACGUGUGUCUGGAGAACCUUGGAACGAUGCCGGACAUAACAGAUCAUUGUUACAGGCCGUGCCGCUCCGAGUGCCAGUUGUCCCAGUGGUCGCCCUGGACUCAGUGUGGACCAAGGUGUGAGAAGACCAGGUUCCGGUUUCGACGACUUAUAGGCCCCAGCAAGGACAACCCGGACUGCCGUAACACCGACCUGUACCCACGUGACCAGCACGAGGAGUGCGUGUGUAACGAGCGGAAGCCCAUCCUGGUUGGCGGCUGGUCAGACUGCAUCAUUCAAAGCGGGGAUGGGGGCGACAGGUUCGCUCCAAAAAUGUCCUUGAAAAGUAUUGGCGGCAGACAUCGACGGAAUAACGAGACUGGAUUGGGUGGAUUUGAACCGUACUCUGACUGUGGCGUGGGCAAAAAGUACAUGGCAUUGUCCUGUAAAUCACACGACCUGUACACUCCGAACGGACCACGGUGUGCUGGGGAAGAGUACCUCAAAGAGAACUGCAGCAUUGCGUGUCCUGUGGACUGCGCCAUGAGCGACUGGUCAGCCUGGACUGCCUGUAGCUCGCGCUGUGGCUCGGGUGUCCAGCAGAGAGACCGCAGGAUAGAGCGACACCCAGCCAACGGGGGCAGGAAAUGUCCGCUUAUGUACGGACAGAGCAAGGAGACCCAGGCCCGCGUGUGUCAUGUGGACUGUAGCUAUUACGUGUGGCGGGUGGAGGACUGGGGUCCGUGUUUGCCUUCCGGGGGACAGCCGUGUGGGGACGGGUCACACAGUCGCACCAUCAGAUGUGUGUCUGUGGGGAGUGACUCCAGUGAGAUGACGGUGGACGAGUCGUACUGCCCGAGGACUGACCAGCCUGUGCCUACCAAGGCCUGUUCUCUCCCUUGUCCCGGGGACUGUGUCAUGUCUGAGUGGUCGGAGUGGACGCUGUGUCGACAGCCGUGUAACGGGCAACAGACUCAAACCCGGCAUCGCCAGGUACUCCGAAGGCCCGCCCAGUACGCGUCAUCACUCGCCUGCGACACCAAGACGGAAGAGCGGUCCUGUGAGAGGAUGAAAAACUGCAUUGAGUACUCAUGGGAGCUCUCUGAUUGGACGAGCUGCCUGGUCAAUGGCGGAGGGGCGGAGUGUGGCGUGGGUCACAAGGAAAGAUACGCCAUCUGUGGCAACGAGAGAGGGGAGAAGGUGGAGUCAUAUAAGUGUGAAGAGCUGUUCGGCCCUGUGACAGAGCCACUGGUGGUGUCCUGUGAGAUUCCCUGUGACAACGACUGUCUCGUGUCCACCUGGUCCGACUGGUCUUUGUGUAGCACCUCAUGCGGUCUGGGAUUCACUCAAGGUUUUCGGGCGCGCUCCCGCGCCAUCCUGACCCGGCCUGCCCCUGGCAACGCGGCCUGUAACGGCACUCUGUGGGAGGACCAGCAGUGCACCACCAGGACGUGUACCUGGUUCACAUGGAAGACCGGGGAAUGGGACUACUUUCACCUGCAGAGGAAUGUCUGGUGUGAGCAGAACAACGGUCUACACGUUGUGGGAGGUUGUGACGAAACCAAGAAGCCACAAGUAGAACUCCGCUGUUUUGACCCCGUGUGCGUGGAGCCGGCACAGUGCAGGGACUCCAAUACGUGCAAGUGUCCGGACGAGAAAUACCUCCUCGAUAUAGAGAAGGAAAGCAACAGGACUGUAGCCCUCUGCAAGAUGAAUAACACUAUUGCUGAGGGCAACUUGGAGGACGAAAAGACAGAGAUGGCGAAGUCUCCUAACAUCUGGAUGUACGCUGUGAUAACCGUGGGGACAUUGUUCGUAAUAGCUGUCACAGCAGCUCUAUACAACAUGUGCGAGCUCUUCCGUACUGGGCCCCGACCCCGGCGUAAGGGCGACACAGCCUCCACUACUGGCACUAUCCACAGCGUCAACGCCCUGCCCCCGGGAACCACUGGAACCAGUGGAGAGUGGGCGUCUGGCAACGGCGGCAUCGCGGGCUCCGAGAGUUUGUACAAGCAAAUAAACCACAGCAACCACCGGCUGGAGAGUGGUGGCGGUAGUGCUGGUGGUGGUGGGAGUAGCGUGGAGAUAGGGGUACCAGGAGGUGGAGGUGGUGGAGGAGGAGGAGGAGGGUCAGGGGAGGCAAGCGACAACGAGUACGCGGAGACGGCUAUGAUGACGUCACCUGUCUAUCAGAACUCCCAGCUUCCUCGGGCGAUGGCGAAGACGACGACGACGACGACGCCGGGGAGGGGAGGACGAAGCAGCGACGCGGCGGCGGCGCUGGCGGCGGCGGCGGAAGCAGACAUUCCAGACAUCGACGCCAUCACCUUCGCCGCGACCACCGCUACCGCAUCCACCACGCCGUCCACGGCGAACACCAAUACCACCGCGCUGAGCGGCGGUAGUUUUACGCCGGGCGGCAACAUUCCGCAUGGCGUCAACGGUAACGGCGGUGUAGGCGGAGCUUCUUCGAAAGUAGGUCAUGGUUAUAAUAAUAGAAGUGACUAUGGUGACAUUGAUAGCAGCCAGUUGCAUGCAGCAUCCCUCAAGCAUAACCGCAGGUAUAAGAAAUCUCACAGCCUGUUUCCAGCAAGACUAGCUAAGCUUUUCUCUUGUACUGAUAAGUCAUCUGAAUGCAUGGUCGAAGAUAUGCACAGCACUGACCAUGACAAGGCCUCGACACAGUGCCAGGCUAUGUCGCUAACACGUGCGCAUGCUAUUGAGAAUAUGGAAAUGUGUGGGGGUGAAUUUUAUACUAACACGGCGUCUGGUUUUCAGACCCACCAUUGCAUGUUGCCCAAAUCCCAUGACUUGAGACCUAAUAAGUUAGACCUACAGCAGAGACGGAAUAACUAUUAUUCGGAAUCAGACAAUAUAGACAAUGCUGAAAAGAGAAUCAGCAUUCCGCUAGCGGAUGAAAUUGAGCGAGAGAUGGCUAGGAUGUCUCCUAUGGCGGCUCAAACAUUUACCAGCCAAAAUAGCAGAGACGAAUGUAGGUCAAGCACGGAGUCUCUAGCCCUGUCUUCUGACCUCAUUUCGGGCCGCCAUGAAGGCAGCUCCCAGUGCAGCUUGCAGCUAGGCGACACUGCUGAAACGCUGACUCAGCACGACAGUCCGUCUCGGAUGGAUCUUCUUAUGCAGCUACAGCAGCAGCAGCAGCUGCGUCCAUCUUCCAGACAUAUCGACGACAGCCAUGCGCACCAGCCCAGGGGUGCUCCUGCCCUCGCAUCCUCCUCAGAGGUGACCCUGGCUUCUUCCAUCACGAAACCAGAGUCGUCGAGUUCGGCGGUACCAGGUCGCAGCGCACAUAGACUACACCCUGUGACUACUAACAGAGGCUCAAAUGUAGCUACUAAUAACAAAAUUUCUUCUAACGCCGAAGUGCAUUAUGACCCUAACCUUUAUGCUAUCCCCCACAGCCCAACGAAUCACCCACAGUCUUCUUCCGGAAGUCUUCAGGAACAGGGGAAGACCACUCGUGGUGGAUUAGGCGUGCCUGCUGCUGCUGAUCAGCCUCCCUUUUACCCUUUGCAUGUUCAAGUGCCCCCUCUCCCUGUUCAUUCUGUAGAUGCUCUGUUGUACGAUGAAGAUAACCGUGGUGGUAACCCUCACCAUCCUUACCAUCAACAUCAUCACCAUCACCAUCACCCUCCUCCUCCUCCCCCUCCUUAUUCUCGUUCCAAAAGUGGUAUUGUAUCAUCUUCGCAUUCACCUUCAUCUUUCCCAACCGAUUCACCUCGUAUGUCUAGGGGUCAACCACACCAUUAUCAGCAGCAUCCACAACAACAACAACAAAAUUCACAACACCUACAUCAUCAGGACAAACGGGGAGCACGAGGAAGAGAAGGGGAAAGAGCGCACGGGAAGGACCCCUCUGGAAAAAGACAUGCUCCUCGAGGAGGAGGAGCAAUCUCGCCUGGUGGACUUCGAACAAUGGACUCUCACUUUCCGUCUUCCCCGGGUUCUCGGCCCCCUGCCAUCUCUUCCUCCCGUUCCUCGGCGUCUCUUCCCGAUCACCUAAUCCAUUCCUCAAGCCCACGAGGAGGAGGAAACGCAACACGGCCCAAUCCACUUCUGAUGGAGAAAGUCUCACAAGAUUCCGGACACUCCACGAUGCCCUUAUCCCAAAGUUUAAGCCCAGGGGAGACAAGCCUGGACAAGAUGUUUCUGAAAAGAUCAGGUUCUGGAUUCUCUCCCGUACGUGUCCAGGUUUCGGAAGAGUCCGGCCACGACUCACCAACGCCCAGUUUGUGCAACAGUUGCCGGAAAGAGCUGGACAAGGUCGGUGUCAAUAUCCCUUAUUUGGCGGGAACUCCUGACUCUUCAUCACAGAUGUCCAACAUAAGCGGAAUGGAGACCUCUGUAUAGCCCUAAUAAGAGUGAGAGUGCAUGAGUAUAAUUAUAUAGCGUCAAUUAUACUCAGUCGUAUAGGAAUCAAGCUGAAGACUGCUGGUGGUGGAGACAUCUGCGCAUAAUAUCCGCAUUUAGACAAAUGGUUUUGCGUAAGAAUGCCAUCUGCGCAUUUAUCAACUUAUCCAUCAGGCACGUGCAGCUAAUGCUGCCGACUUUUCCCUGUUCUAAAAGUCGUAGGCAACUGGCAAGCACACUGGACCUUAGCCGUAAGAAAACACAUUUAUAGUGUCUCUCAAAACAUGACAAAUGUUUAUAAGAAUAACUAUAUUAUCAUUUUUUUAAAACACAAACUUCGUUGUUCAAAACUAGAUUUGUCAGUGAGAAAGACUCAUAUGCAGUCUUAAUUCAACGCUGGGCUGUUGUAAAGAUUCAACACCCCGAUGCAUUUAUAUCCUAGUACUAUAGUAUCAGUCGACUGGCUUCAUGAAUAAUCUACGGCAAAAGCUCAGGUAUAAUAUCGUCGGCCAGGUUGUCAAUAUGUGCUAAGCCCAAUAUUUUGAAGAAAAAAAAAAGAGAUUAAAUUGCACAUUUUGCUCUGGGCUUCUAUUGCAUAGUAUUCUAUACUCAACACAUAUGUCGUCAGAAUUCAAGACCUAAACAUUGAAAAGGGCAAGAAGAGAUUUAUAAAGUAGGUUCAACUGUCAAAAAAUGAACCAGUUUUUUCAUCUCUAAAAAAGAAACAAUCUCUUACUGGGUUUAAAACAUUUCAGUGGCUUGCCGAUCAUAUGCAAGAUCACUGCAUAUUUCGAAGCCGAUGGCACCAACAUUGAGAGGGGGGGUGGGGGGGGGGGGGAGGGGAAAAGGAUCAACACAACAUUGCAGGCCGAAUGUAAUGGAUGCAUGAUUCAAACGUGGCUGAGGAAGUAGAUCUACUUUUUCAGCAUAGCAGUUGGUAAAUACCAUUCUAGCAUAGAGACAGUGACAUGUUAGCACCUUCGAAAAUACUAUUUUUAGUUCACCACUAGACAGAUUAGUGAUACUUGAGUACUGCAGAAAAUACCUUCAUAGCGUCGCACCCGAUAAAAUACCAUCGUUAUUUAUCAUUUGAGAAUGUACUAUUUUAGAACAAUAAUUUUGAACAUCGCUUGAACAAUGCAAGGUUCUCGGUCACGAAAGCAAACCUCAGAAUUUAAAAAAGAUUAUAUGGGAUAUUUUAUUAACACAAAACUUUCAAUGUCCCUCCUAUGAUGCCCCCCCCCCUUCCCCCCCCCCCAAAAGAAAUAUAAAAAAAUCAAGUUCAGCUGGAAUUGUACAGUAUAUUUUAAGUAAGAGUUUUACGACACUUCCAACACAAUUAGGUAACACAAGUGCCGAUUCCACCAUUCAAACUGUGUGCGUAAUACCUUGCAUGGUUAAACAAAAUUCUAAUAAUGGGGAAAAGGACUGGAUACUUCAAGUCAAAUUCUAAUCAUCCAUGGUCGACAUAUUUUUCCGAGACCUAAACUGUCGGCCAUGUUACUGACAUACUCUCUCGGCCAUUCUACCGAACUUUUUUUCUGAAGACUGCCGUUCAGAAUGUACUCAUGUAAGUAAAUGUAAAUUGAUUUGAAAUGGUAUUUAAGUUAGGUUAACCUGGCUUAUUAAAUUAUGGCAACCGAGUUGGCGUAAUGCUGCUUUCAGUAAUGCAGAGCUUUAGAAGAAGGACCUGCGAAUAUCAUUAUGUCCAUCUCGCCUAGAACUGAGCCAAGAGUGCUAAAGACCUUGAAAAUUACUCACACAGCAAAAAUUCAAGAGCCCUACAUUAAGGAGUGGAAGCAAGGACAUAUUCACCAUAGUCCAGUCUGAUAUCGUCACACAUAAUGACAGGCCCCAUUGCUGCUACGAUGUCGUCGGAAAGAGCUAUUGUGAACAUUGUAUAAAAAAAGCCGUUAGCAUCUUGACAGAUGCAGGAAAAAGUUUGAACCUGGACUGUAGGCACAUUUUAGGAAGUACAUAGUCUGCCCACAUUGUACACUCCUUCCUUCAGAUCUUGACGCCCUUGAUAUACUUUGAAAGAGAGACAUGGACAAUACAUUAGGAAUCCAGGGAGGUAUACGGGAAGUCUUGCUGUUUUACGAGUAUGACAGGGAUACAAUUUUUUUGUUAGGAAAUUAUUUAAACAUUACAUUUUGCUCGAGUGUCUGCCUGACAGUCAAAUUUUCUACGAUAAAGCGAACAUAAAUGACUGCUCUGUGGAUGAACCUGUCGUACAUAUUAUGGAAAAAGAUGUUUAUGAUUUAUGUGUACAUUUACAUUAAUGACUCAUGAAUUGUCGUAUAAGGUUUACAAAGCCUUAUUAAUGCCGUAGUUUCAAUGCAGUGAAUGGAGGAUAAUUUUAUUGUAAUCGUCUGUGUAUGUACAUACCAUAAUGUUGAGAACUACACGUAGUAUGAUAAUAUGUGGUUAUAACGGUUGUUUUUCUUUUGAGUGCAUAUAUUUAUUGAUACUGAGUAACUUUGACAAAUGAUGUAUCUGUUGUCAUAACAUAAAAUGAUAAUAUGUUCCAUUGCAUAACUGUGAUCAUCGCCCCAAUUGGAAUUUUAGGUAUCAUUAUCGUUAUUAUUAUCAUCAUCAUCAUCAUCAUCAUCAUCAUCAUCAUCAUCAUCAUCAUCAUCAUCAACAUCGUCGUCAUCGUCGUCUUCAACAACGUGAUGAAACUUCAAAUCCCAAACAACGAUAACAACAAUAAUAACAAUAACGACAGAACAGCAAAUGAAAUGCCUACCACCCACCCCUCUCCCCACCACCCCAUCCACCCGACUCACGACCACAACAACUGGGACAAUCAUUGCCAUCCCUUUUUGCCAUCAUCUACCCCCCCUAUCAUCAGCAACCCUUCUCUCAAAACUACACCACCACCACAACCUUUAAAAAAACCAGGGCCAUCAACAUCAAUAUUCUUGUUGUCACGUGGCAUUAUGACAUGUUAACAAGCAUGCAUUGUGCGCACUUGCAAUUAACCCCUGACAGCAAAAAUGGAGAUAGCUGGGGAGGGGGGAGUGAAGGGGAGGGGGGUACAGUGCGAGGGAAGACUUUCCUGUUAGAGGGAAAAUAAUAAUAUGAUGAUACUGUUACUACGUUAUUGGCGAUUAUGUAUAAUGGACAAUAAAGCAUAUUUUGCUACACAGA